AUGAAAACAGUUUCUCUUGAUGAGUUGUACAGGCUUAAUAAAUUUGAGCCUCAAUUGGUUACUAAUUUACACUUGGAAAAUCAUGCUGUUGUUGUUUAUACUCGUGCCAUAUUUUAUGAUUUUCAAGAAGAAUGCCAGGGAGCCUGUUUUUCAUGUGGUGUUGAAAGUUGUUGUUCUCUGUAUGGUGAUCGUGUGGAGUUUUCUGUUAUUCUUGAUCAUGAGAAAAGGAAAAAUUUUGAUUGUAUACGUGAAAUUCCUGAUGCUUAUAUCUUGAAUUGUUGGAGAAAAUAUGUUCUGAAGAAAGCUUAUGUCAUAGAUGUUGCUCUGGAUGAUGCUUCUAAUUAUGAUAAGAAGAAGCAAUUGAUGAUAUCAAAGAAUAAUCCUGAAAAUGCACCUAGUUCAAGAGUGGUAAAAGAUGCUGAUAUUCAAGUUUUGGUUGGGUCAAAUGAAGUUGAUGUAAAUGUUUUGACUCCAAAUCAGUGUCUUAAUAAAGGUUCUGCCAGAAGUUCAAAGAGGUUAAAGAGUGCAAAAGAAAUAGCUACUGAAGAAAAAUAUAAAAAAAGCAGAACCUGUAAAGCUUGUGGGCAAUCUAGUGUUUCCCAUGACAGUAGAAACUGUCCAAACAAGUAG